GAGCCGCAGUGGCAAAUUCAAUCAGAUCAACUGCGACAGACAGAAGUGAGGGAGCUUCUUUUACUGAGGCUGUUUGCAGGCUGAUUCAUUUCCUGAAGAAGAUUGAAUAGAAAAACGGGGUUUUGCGCGUUCUGCACCAUGAAGGAAAGGAGGAACACGCAGCCGCUGGUGGUGAGGUGUAAACUGGUCCUCGUUGGAGACGUUCAAUGCGGGAAAACAGCGAUGCUGCAAGUCCUGGCCAAGGAUUGUUACCCAGAGACCUAUGUGCCCACCGUCUUUGAAAACUACACAGCCUGCCUGGAGCUGGAAGAUCAGCGAGUGGAGCUCAGUCUGUGGGACACCUCAGGUUCUCCAUACUACGAUAAUGUGAGGCCCCUCUGCUACAGCGACUCCGAUGCAGUCUUGUUGUGUUUUGACAUCAGUCGCCCGGACACAGUGGACAGCAGUCUCAAAAAGUGGAAAACAGAAAUCCUGGAUUUCUGUCCGAGCACACGCAUCCUGAUCAUUGGCUGCAAGAUUGACCUUCGCACAGACGUCUGCACGCUGAUGGAGCUGUCCAAUCAGAAGCAGAGUCCAAUCACCUAUGAGCAGGGUUCUGCUAUGGCCAAGCAGCUGGGUGCAGAGGCUUACUUGGAGUGCUCUGCGUUUACUUCGGAGAAAAGCAUCCACAGUGUGUUCCGCACCUCGGCAAUGGCCUGCAUGAACAAGCUGCAGCCUCUCCCAAAGCCCAGCCCCACCCGCCGCCUCUCCAAAAGACUCCUCCACCUGCCCAGCAAGUCUGAUUUGCUCUCCUCCAGCUUUAAGAAGGAGAAGACCAAGAGCUGCUCAGUGAUGUGAGUUGGAGAGGGUGAGCGUCCUCACAUGCGACUCCCGACCCCAGCCUCUUUGGUUUUGGGGAAGGGGGGUGGGCAUGAUGGUUUUAUCAGGGUUUCCUGCUGAAUCCUUCCCUCACCCCCCAGAAACCAAAAGCUCCUCAGAAGAGGUGGACACCCAGCUGUCCACUUGCUCCUGAACCUUUCAGCGCACAUCCAUAUUUUCUUCAACUUGCUUUUUUUUAUCAGUUCAAAUUUAAUCAUUGAGCUUUUUUUUCAAACUGUAACCAGUAUGCAAUGGUAUUUCCAUCUGUCUCAUUUUUAAUAUCUAUAGGCACGUGUUGAUUUUGUUCGAUAUGAAAAUGUGCAAUCUGUGACGUUUUAAUCUUGUGAUGUAAAUGCCUCUCAGACGACUCAAUGGAUAUUUUUCUAACUACAUAAAUAAACUUAGCAUGAAAACACCAGGAAACUAAAUCUUGUACAUCCCCACGAGAGCAGUAUGGGAGGUAUAAAACGGCACGUCACAGGUUUAUCCCUCUGAGAAAAACGCAGGGAUGCACAAGGACAAACCUCAAGAGAGAGCUGUUACGUAGAUUAGCUCUGGCUGCGUCGGCAGUGACGAGAGCAGGGAAACGGGCGGCGGGAACAGGCUCCUGCCCAGGCAGCAGUGUAGCCUACAUCAGCCUGCAUCAGAGGUUGUUGAUGCGUGGUUAUGUAGCAGCAGACAGGGCAGCUCCACAGGCUUUAGAAGGGAAAGGAGACUCGAGGUGCCGUGAAAAAAUCGGCUUGAAGAGACAAAUUGGAGUCCAUUUCUGUUCAUAAAAACACAUUUUAUUGACAGAAACAGAUUGUUCUUUUGUGACAAACAACUGCACAACUGGCAAGUGUUAUCGAUGAAGCUGAGGUUCGAGUAUGAAGGGUGUUAAGCUAGUCUAGACAGACUGAUAAUGUGAAAAUCUAUGCUCUUUGACAAAGAUUUGUAGCAUUGCAGUACUUCUCAUAUUUUUGCAGAUGAACAAAACGCCUUUUCUGUAAUGUUCCCUAAAGUUAGAGGAUUUUUGAGAUCUGCAUGUCUGUGGGUUUCUUACAAUUGCUUCUGCCUAAUGUAGCAAUCCCAAAGUGACAUGAUUCUUCCAAAAAAACUUAUUUGUUUUGCACAAACUUAAACUAUUGACCUCCGAUACACAGUUGAAGCAUCUACAGAGCAAAAAUCAGAUGCUUUUUUAUUAAAUCUUUGGCUUCAUGGUUAUGUUUGUGUGCAGUCUUCGUAUAUGCGCUUCUAACCAUAAAGCAAUAAGGAUUUAAGUGCUUGUGAUGCCAGGUGACUUGUGUGGCAAUAAAGGUGCAGCUUUGUGAUUAAUGUCCUGCAACAAGUGCUCCAUGGCUAAACCGGCAUCCCCUCUGUUCUACUUGGCCCCACUCUGGUGUGUGGAAAGUGCUGUGCUCUGAAACCUAAUAUAGAAAUAAAUGUGAAUUUGCCUCUUUGAGAUAAAUAUUUUACACCUAUUUCUGUAUUAUUCUGACAAACGAAAGUGAGGCAGUAGGACUUUUUAAAAAAAAUAUUAGGUACCAAAUUGAAAAUGUGCUUUAAAAGUCUAAAUAUAAAUAAUUAAGGGCUGUUGUGAGGAAUAGAAUACAAAUCGUGAGUAAUCAAACUGCACAGGCUGGCCCUGUCUAAAGAAAGCUAUUUUUCCAUUCCUCUUUUUUGUGCGUUAUUUUUGUAUAUCUAAAAGGAUUGAUGUCUGUUCCCCAUGUUAUGUUGGAAAUAUCCCACUGACAUAGGUGUUGUUUUGUGACAGAGCUGUGGACUGCCCCCCCCCCUCAGUACUCUAAGGAACUUUUAAAGUAAUGAUUUGCACAAAGGCUUCCAGUCCACACACAGGAAUUCCCCCAGUAUUGCAUAGCAACAAUCCGGUGCACAGAACAAACUCCCGCGCUCGAUUAGCUAUGUGGACAGAGAGGUUUAGCUUGCAAGCAGACUUUCCCACAUUCAUUAUUACCACAUCAUUUAUGCAUUUCUUGCCAAACAUGUUUUUAUUUAGUUUUUUAUUGUUCCUAUUUAAGUAAGAGUGCUGAUGCCAAGCCUUUAGAGGAUGGGUUGCCCAGGCGACUCAAUGAAAAUGUCGGUUAAUAUGCAGCCUUUGUGUUAUAGUCAGUGUAAAAUGGUGCAGUCAAACUCCUAAGCAUGUCCUAUUAAAAUUGUAUGAUUGUAGAUACUGUCUCUUGUUUUACGAGUAAGCCUCACGUCUAUAAAUAAACAACUUUAAAGAAGUCCUGAUCUUUGAGGAUUUCACAUUAAAAUACUGUUGCUGACGUGGAUAUUUAUUGGGUGGGUUAUAAUUUGUCUGUUGCUUUAUUUUAUUUUUUUGGCCACAUGUACAUUUGUUUAAAAUUUUACUUUAAAAAAAUUAGACAUUUUUGUUAUAUUUUAUUUUCUGCCUGUAUCAAAUAAAGCUUGCCCUCUGUGGCGCUCUGAGA